ACCCCUAUAAAAAUGGCAGCCUUUAUGUCGUAAGCUUUUCUUUUUCCAUGAAUAGUUUUCAAUACAAUUUGUUGAAUGAUUUAUAAUGCAAUUCGAUACGUAUUUUAUGUUUAAUCGGUUUUAUAAAAAGAAUAACAAUAUUAAAUGUUAAAGAUUACUAUGAUCUUUGUAUUUUUAGUGGCGUAGAGUACAAUCAAAUGUUAAACAACUUCAACGAAGACGAAACGAGUACAUCAAGUAUAGCACUAGAAAGACAUAAUAUGAGCGCUGGUACAGCGUCACUGGAGCGCGAGUUGGCGAGCACGCGACGGUUGUUAUGGGGCGACAAUGUGAAAGAGGACGUGUUUAGACGCUGGGCGCAGGGCUUCCAGUUCAGUGCUGAUGAACCUAGCGCGCUCAUUCAACAAGAAGGCGGCCCAUGCGCUGCUAUUGCACCAGUGCAAGGAUUUCUCCUCAAAAUUUUAUUAUCAGAGACUCCUGGGCACAGUCUACAUGACUUGACCUCUGAGAAGUGCAAUUCUCUACUUGUUAGGGCUGUGUGUAUGAUAUUAAGCCAUUGUCUAGCCGCUAAGUACAAUGUUGCGGUGUAUCGCAAGGGUGAUGCCGGUGCGGAAGGCAGUUCCAGCGUCAAUGUCAGUGCGGAAGAACAGUCCUGUGAUGCUAUUGAGUUUUUUCAUAGACGACUGGAGGUGCAUUCAUUUCAAACCUUAUCAGAAGUGGAAUCAUUUUACACUCGGAACAUUCGUAUCUUGAAGGAUAAAUACGGUGUACUUCUUCUGUUAUAUAGUGUCAUUCUUAGCAAAGGAGUGGAAACAGUAGAGGCUGAAUUAUCAGAAUUGUCUGAUCCACUUAUACAUUCUACUUAUGGUUAUGGAUCACAGGGGCUUAUAAAUCUCAUGCUUACAGGCAGAGCUGUAGCACAUGUAUGGGACCAUGACCAAGUCGUAGGUGGACUCCGAUUAAGAGGAAUCGAAAGACAAAAUGAUAUAGGUUUUCUUACUAUAAUGGAACAUAUGCAAUAUUGUACAGUAGGUUCCUUUUAUAAAAAUCCCAAGCAUUCUGUGUGGGUUUUGGCGUCGGAAACACAUCUUACCGUACUUUUUUCAAUGGAAAGACGUCUUGCAGCUCCAGAGACAGCUGGAGAGUCAGCUGAGAGAAUAUUCCGAUCUUUUGAUCCGGAAGGCAAUAAUUUUAUUCCAUCAGCAGCUCUUCAAGAUGUGCUGUGUGCUGCGGACCUUGUCAGUGAACCUGAAUAUGUGGAAUUGAUGAGACGAAAGUUAGAUUCCGAAAAUUUAGGUAUCAUAUUAUUGAGUGCAUUUAUGGACGAGUUUUUCCCUGGUUGUGAGCGCGCAUUGCUCGAGUGCCCCAUGAGGGCAGCCACCACUGACCCCAUGCUGACAUGUUUACAAACAAAGUGGCCUAGCAUUGACAUUGUUUGGGAUGAUGGACAAUCACCUUCCCUAAAUUAGCACAAGAUACAUUCAGAACUUUUAUGUGACAAAGUGAGGAGAUGGAACGUAAUUUUGAAUAUGUUGCUAAAAAAUUCCAUUACUUUAUGAAUUAUUUUUAUGUAUAGAAAUUGACGUAUUCAAAGGUCCCAGGCGAGUUGUCUUGUUAGGCAGCUAUUUUCCAUAAAUUUGAUAAUAUAUUGAUAUUGGCCACAUUUGACAAUUGAGGUCUCCUUAAAAGUGCAAUAAAUUGCUUAUUGUAUUCAUAACUUAUGAAGUUCAUUUAUCAAUUUAUAUUCAAUGUACAAUUUAUUGAGGUAUCAGUACCAAGGGUCCCUUUGAAUUUCCAGAACAUUAAAACCCUUAGAUGUUUAGAACCAUAGCCCUGCACUAAUAGAUUGAAUUUCACUGUGUGGUAUAUAACAUUUAAAUAAGUUAUAAAACAGAUGCAAAUAAUGAGUAUCCAUCUGUAUUAUAAUGUAUCAUUAAAUUGUUUGAAACCAAGCUAAUGUUAUUUUACAUUCUAGAGAGAACAUCCCCCAAAUAAAGUAAAAUAUAUUUAUCUUGGAAAAACUAAUGCAACCUUAAUGCUCUUUAUUUGCACUUGUUGUGAACUGGACGGUCUCCAGACAUCUUUUUGUAAUGUAACAUAUAAUGUUGAGGACUUACAUUUUUAAUUGUAUUUCAUUACUGUCCAUGUUAUGGAAUUGAUAUUGUGGCCGAUUGACUUGCAACAGACGUUGUUAAUUAUUUGUAAUGUACAGAACUGUUCGGUGAAACUUUUUUGUUCCAAAAAUUGUCCUGGUGAUGUAGUUAUUACUUUUUUAUUGUAAUUGUUAGUACCAUAAUAAUUAAUGUAACUUUCUGGGAACUGUUUGUAACUAGCUCUAUUAAUCUUACUAUGACUGUGAAAUUUUGUUUCAUAACUAUUUUUUAUCAAAAUCUGAUGUCUGUUUAUUAGCUAAUUGUUUUGGCUGAUCAAAAUUAAGGGUUAAUUAUAACUUAUCUACAAUUAUUGUAAGAUAUGUGAUAAAUAAUUUUGUGGCUGUGAAUAAAUUAACAGUUUUUUUUGUAUAAUCCAGAAUGUUAAACAAUUAAAAAAAUUAAGGAAUUUAUGUGUUAACAUGCCUUCCACACCUAUUUUCAGUUCACAAACUUAUUUAAAUCUGUACAUUACAAAUUUAUUUCAUAUAAAGGAUAGUAACAUAAUAUAAGAUCUGUCAUGGAUUUGGGUAGCAGAUUUUUUAAUAUUUCAUUUACUUUGUAAUUAAUAUUGUACCUUAUAUAAGGUAUUUUUUGUAUAGAUGAUUAUUUCUUUGGCAAUGUUUGUUAACAGCAUAAUUCAGAUUCAUGUAAAAUAGCUGUUCAUUUGUCUUGUAAUAUAUAUCGGAAAAUAUGUUCAGUUAUAAAAAAAUAGUGGAACAUGCUUUUUAAUUAU